UGGCCUACUUUCUGAAUGUUAUUAUUGUGUUGUUCGUGCUCGUUGGUGCUAUCGAUGUUGGAUUGUUAGAUUACUAAAUAUUUCCUUCACGAUUUCCUUACCCAACGUAGUUUUCCAUUCCCUAGUUGAUUGUGCAAGUUAAAAUUCCUGUCACUCUGAGAACUGGUUAAUUAUUAUUCCAAUCAUAGAGGAAGCGUUUAUUUACAAUGGCAGCAUGUUCUUGGUUUAGCAAAUAACUAUGUCGUAUAAAGAACUGGAAGUGGGAUAUCAAGGCUUAAAGGCUGCCUCUUUCUAUAUCGGCGACGAGUCCGAAGGAGCAAGUGCUACUUUAGCAAACGAAGCUGGGCUUGCAAGUGAUACACUGCCCACAACCUAUGAAUACGUCUACACUUCGGCUAGUUCACCAACGAGAACUUUUCACCCAAACUGCCCAAUUUGCCUCCAGAAGGGUGAAGAAUGCCAGGAAUGUCCUGACGAUUUAUUUGGCAGUGAUCUGGAUCCUCUAUUGGGAAGAAUGGAAAAGGAAUACGUUGACACCGGUAAGCAGGUCGUGGCCGGCAUUUGUGCCAUGGCAAAAAAGUCUAAUUCGAAACCGAUGAGAGAAAUUUUGGCAAGACUCGAUGAAUUUGAUUACAUUAAAACAAUAAUCUUUCCUGAGGAAACCAUCUUGAAGGAGCCCGUUGACAAAUGGCCAGUCUGUGACUGUUUGAUAUCGUUCCAUUCAAAAGGCUUUCCAUUGGACAAAGCUGUGGCUUACGCCGAGCUUGUUCGCCCAUAUACGAUCAACAAUUUGCGAAAACAAUUUGAUCUGCAGGAUCGCAGAAAAGUUUAUGGGAUCUUGCGGAGGGCCGGGAUCGCUUUACCUCGCUUUGCUAUCCUAGAUCGAGAUUCUCCAGAUCCAAGCCAACACUCGCUGAUCGAAUCAGAGGAUCACGUCGAGGUUAACGGGAUAGUUUUCAACAAACCAUUUGUUGAAAAACCUGUUUCAGCGGAAGACCACAAUAUUUACAUUUAUUAUCCGACUUCGGCUGGUGGCGGAUCCCAGCGUCUAUUCCGCAAAAUUGGAAGUCGGAGCAGCGUCUACUCACCCGAGUCAAAAGUGCGCAAGAAUGGAUCGUAUAUCUACGAAGAUUUCAUACCAACUGAUGGAGCUGAUGUCAAGGUUUAUACCGUGGGCCCAGAUUAUGCCCACGCUGAAGCGCGGAAAUCCCCUGCGCUAGACGGCAAGGUGGAACGUGAUCACGAGGGGAAAGAAAUACGAUAUCCAGUUAUUUUAUCCAAUCUCGAGAAAUUGAUUGCUCGUAAAGUUUGUCUUGCCUUCAAUCAAACCGUCUGCGGCUUUGACCUCUUGAGGGCGAAUGGCAGGUCGUUCGUUUGUGAUGUCAAUGGCUUUAGUUUUGUUAAAAAUUCGGCGAAAUACUACGACGAUUGCGCCAGGAUUCUUGGAAAUAUGAUUUUACGUCGUUUGGCGCCCACUUUGCAUAUUCCGUGGGCUCUGCCUUUCCAGCUCGAUGACCCACCGAUAGUGCCUACGACUUUUGGCAAGAUGAUGGAAUUGCGUUGUGUUGUGGCCGUCAUUCGUCACGGAGAUCGGACGCCGAAGCAGAAAAUGAAAAUGGAAGUUCGUCAUCCCAGAUUUUUUGCUCUAUGGUCCUCAUACGAAUCCGAAGUCAAUGGACGCCAUUUAAAACUAAAAAAACCUGCACAACUGCAGGAAGUACUCGAUAUAGCCCGCUUUCUCUUAUCAGAAGUAGAAGCUGGUUCAGCUGAUCGGGAACUAGAAGAAAAGCGCGGAAAAUUAGAACAACUCAAAACUGUUCUAGAAAUGUAUGGCCACUUUUCAGGUAUUAACCGAAAAGUUCAACUCAAAUACCAACCCCGUGGUAGACCACAAUCGGGCUGCAGUGAGGAAGACACACACAAUGAACCGUCUUUGCUACUAAUACUGAAAUGGGGCGGAGAACUUACUCCAGCCGGAAGAGUGCAAGCAGAAGAGCUUGGGCGCAUUUUCCGUUGCAUGUAUCCAGGAGGUCAAGGCAAUCAGGGAUUGGGACUGCUUCGUUUGCACUCGACUUAUCGCCAUGAUUUAAAAAUCUAUGCGUCAGAUGAAGGUCGAGUACAAAUGACAGCAGCAGCUUUCGCAAAAGGUUUGCUAGCUCUCGAGGGGGAGCUAACUCCCAUUUUGUUCCAAAUGGUCAAAUCGGCCAAUACCAAUGGAUUACUAGAUAAUGACGGUGAAGCUUCUAGUCUGCAACACAUGGUGAAAUCGCGUCUUCAAGAGUUACUGCAAAUGGACCGUGAACUAACCGAAAAUGAACAUCGCGAGAUUAAUCCGUGCGGAGCGCGAUCGAUUGAAGCCGCUCUUCAUGUCAUCGGGAAUCCCGUUCAGUGUUGCGUCAAAGUGUAUGAACUAGUCUGCAAGUUAGUCGAAAUUGUCCGGUCCAAACGCGAUGAUCCUAAAACAAAGAAUGGCAUGUUGUAUCACGGCGAAACAUGGGAACUGAUGGCCAGGCGUUGGGGUAAACUAGAAAAAGAUUUCAAGCUUAGCGAAAAUCCCUUCGAGUUUGACAUAUCUAAAAUUCCCGAUAUUUACGACUGUAUCAAGUAUGAUAUCCAGCAUAAUCAAGCGGCCCUGAAGUUCAAUCACGCACAAGAACUGUACAUGCUAGUUAAAGCUCUUGCUGACGUCGUGAUACCGCAAGAAUACGGCCUUUCAGAUCAAGAUAAAUUGGCCAUUGGACAAGGAAUAUGCAAUCCAUUAAUGCGAAAAAUACGUGCUGAUUUGCAACGCAACAUUGAAGAGGACUUGCCAAUGUCGGACGAAUCUGUUAACCGCCUCGAUCCCAGAUAUUCGCAUGGCGUUUCCAGCCCUGGCAGGCACGUUCGUACGAGGUUGUACUUCACCAGUGAGAGCCAUUUGCACUCAUUGUUGACGGUACUCCGUUUCGGUGGAUUGGUAGAGGGAGGGGAAGGUGCUGAUGAACAGUGGCGUCGUGCUAUGGAAUACGUAAGUCAAAUAUCGGAACUCAACUACAUGUCCCAAGUGGUUAUAAUGCUCUAUGAAGACCAAACAAAGGAUCCCACAUCCGAGCAAAGAUUUCAUGUUGAGUUACAUUUUUCACCCGGUGUCAAUUGUUGUGUGCAAAAGAAUUUACCUCCUGGGCCAGGAUUCCGUACCCAUCACAGAAACUCGAGCCCAACCGAAACAUCGCCUAACAAGAGCUGCCCUACUUCAAUUCCACCCGGAUCGAACUCGGUUUGUUCGCCUAAUUGCACACGGAUUGAAGAAGAGGAUCUUGAUAUUGCAGACGUAGUGGAUCAUUCAGAACAGCCGAAACAUUCCUUCCUCAAUCUGUCUGUUCCGGUGCGUACAUCAAGAACUUCAUCUGGAUCUGAAAGUCCGUCGAUAACACCUCCGAAUACUUUGAAAAUUCCGAUAAUUACAUCGGAACCUAUUCCGAUAAGGAACUCGCCUGGAAGGAAUCCAUUGGAUAGUCCUCAUUUGAGUUUCCCGCCAACAUCGAAUUCAUCGCCUUCACUGAUGGAUGUCCCCGGUGGUCUAAUAAUGAACAGUAGCAAUAGUAGUUGUGCAAGCCAGCACACUCCACCACGCUCCUAUCGAGUCAGCAAAUCUCCCGAUUUUGAACCGCAGGGUCCGAGAGCAAAAGCACACACCAUCAGUGGUGUUGGCGUUGCCGCGCCGACCAGGUCCCUAGAUUUGGAUGAAGAUUCCGAUCUACGACGCCAUCGUCACUCGAUUCCUGGCCAUUUGAACGUCUUGAUGACUCAGCGCCAAUCGGUAGUUGCCAAACGCAAACUUAGCCAACAUCAGCACCAGCAUCCCGCCCUAUUCAGCACAGCUGUCAUUAGUGGAAGCUCCAGCGCACCUGAAUUAACAGCCAUCUUGCCAUCAACCGGAACGGCAAUGGGUCUCGGUUUGGCCAAUUUGGCAGCCAUAGACCCUUGCGUUUCUGUGGGCGUACCUGCCAUACGCCCUCUCGAGACACUUCACAACGGAUUGUCUUUAAAACAGCUGGAUCAGUUCCUUGAACAAAUGACCACGUUACAGCCUCUCUGUAGUCCUUUACCAGGGGUGGUCACCAGUAAUCCAUUUAAAGACUUGUAAUUUAAUUUCGAGAUUUUCGGUUCUGUUGACAAGGUUCUUUAGGUAAGUCACCGUUGUCUAAUCGUUGAAUGAUAGUUUGGUUAUAACGAGUCGUGCUACAAGGAGCAUUACAGAACAUGGUGCAACAUGUUUAAAUUCCUUGUAGAUGCUCUUUAAAAGUUAAGCGUCACUGUUCCGUAUUCCCAAUCGUCUGUUUAGUGAUUCAUUUAGUUACCCUCGUUUGGCAUGAAAACAGUAAAAGAAAAUAAACUGCCAAUCAAAAAU